GGAACCAGAUAGCAAAAAAAAAAAAAAAAAGCCAAAUUCGUGCACGAGGAGAAUCCGCGUGCGAGGUCUGCGCGUGGCAACGACAACCAUGAAGCGACCAAAGUUAAAAAAGGCGAGUAAGCGCAUGAGCUGCGCCAAACGUUUUAAAAUCCAGAAAAAGGUUCGCGAACAUCACAGAAAACUUAGGAAAGAAGCCAAGAAAAGCGGAAUCAGCCGAAAAAUCAAGAAGGACAUUGGCGUCCCUAACAGCGCACCGUUUAAGGAGGAAGUCCUCAGAGAAGCAGAGCAGAGAAAGCAAGAGCUCGAAGAGCUUAAAGAAAAGAACAGAUUAGCGAAGCAGAAGGAGCGAGCCAAGAGAAAGAAGGGCAAAGAAGAAAGCAAUGAGGACAUUCAAGCAAAGAAAAGGAAAAAGAAAGUGAAAAAGGAGGAGAAAGUAAAAGCACAGAGGACCGCUAGGGCAGCUGUCGCAAAAGAGAAAAGUGCAAAGAAGUUCCGAUGCAGCGAACUGAAUAAGGUUAUUGAAGCCUCUGAUGUGAUAUUGGAGGUUUUGGAUGCCAGGGACCCAAUCGGUUGCCGCUGUCCUCAGUUGGAGGAAGCAGUUUUAAAGCAUGAGGAAAAGAAACGGCUCCUGUUUAUCCUGAACAAGAUUGAUCUUGUGCCCAAAGACUAUUUGGAGAAGUGGGUCCAAUAUCUUCAGACACAGUGUCCUACCUUUGUCUUCAAAUCAUCUCUCCAUCUCCAGGACAAGACAGUGCUUGAAAAGAAGCAGAGAGCAGCCAACGGUACCGUUGAUCACAGUAGAGCAGGAAAGUCGUUCGGCUGUGAUUGCCUCCUGCAAAUACUCGAUCUCUUGGCUGACAAGCAGGGCAGUGAGACAAUGCUGAAAGUUGGUGUCGUUGGUUUCCCUAAUGUUGGAAAGAGCAGCAUCAUAAACACUUUAAAAGGCGUCAGAGCGUGUAAUGCUGGAAUACAAAGAGGCCUGACCAAAUGUAUGCAGGAAGUGCAUAUCUCUAAAAAAGUGAAGAUGAUCGACAGCCCAGCCAUAGUGGCAGAUCCAUUGAACUCGGCUGAGAACCUGGCUCUCAGGAGUCUACAGGUGGAUGAGAAAGAGGAGAAUCCUCUAGAAGCUGUCAAUGCUGUGUUGAAACAGUGCAACCCACAGCAUAUCAUGUUACAGUACAACGUCCCAGACUACAGAAACUCCUUGGAGUUUUUAACACUCUUUGCCAAAAGGCGUGGCUUGCUACAGAAAGGUGGUCUGCCCAACAUGGAGCAGGCUGCAACUGUGUUUCUCGACGAAUGGACCGGAGCUAAAUUAAGCUUCUGUAGCAAAGUACCAGAGAGAGAAGGACUCACAUCACACCUCACUGAAGCCAUGGUAGCAGAAAUGCAGACAGCUGUGGACCUGGACAAAUUGAGAACGGGCAACGAGCAGGUUAUUAAAAGGAUGCGAAAUCCAAGACUGUCCAGCACUAUUGUGUAUAACUCGAAAGGCCUGACUGCUGGGAUCCUGAAUGUCAGUGAAAUCCCUGAAGAAAAUCAUGUACAAGAGGAGAAAGAUGAGGAGGAGGAGGAGAAAGAUGAUGAGGAGGAUGAUGAUGAUGAUGAUGAUGAUGAAGAGGAGGAGGAGGAAGAUGAAGACAUCUUUGAGAAAACUGAAGAAAUGGAGGACAUUCAGGAGAUCAAAACCCCUGACUUAAAGAAGACCCAAACUCAGACAACAGGUAAAGGAAAGAAAGGAAAAAAACAACCUGCUUUUGUCAGCAUUGACCUGCUGUCUGUGCAGAAGCAUGAUGACGCCUAUGAUUUCAGCACUGACUUUGUAUAAGAUGUCACAUCGACAAAGAACAUUUCACCUGGACAAGUCGGCCAGUGUGGCGAUUAUAUCUGUGCAAAAUUAAUAACCCACUGACUGAAAUAUCUGGAUGAAAAUGCAUUUUUCUGUCUUUCUGACAGAAUCAGUUGUAUAUACGUGAUGGAUAAUUAAACAAACUUUUAAUUUUCUGUA